GAAUGUAAUGAUUUCUCUGAUUCUGCGUUGCUGACAGUAAUGAUGGCACUAAUAUGGUUGACUAGUUGUAACACAACAUCUGCUAUGCGAUGCUAUGUUACUGUGCUGCGCCACUCCUACACCUACUGCCCCCAUUUAUAACCCUCCAGCGACCACGCAUCUCACUUUCACUGUCUCAAAAACAAAAGAUCUCAAAACACAACACAAGGAUGUCCCAACCCAGAUUCCUUUCCACUGUCUCCCUCUGUCUCGCCCUUCUUCUGCUCCACGCCCAUCCUCCAAUCUGCAACGGCCUAUCGUUUGUGGACCUCAAUUUGCUGAAACACAAUGAAAUGGCUGUGAUGACCAAAAGGGUUUGCACCAAAACCAUCGGAGAGUGUUUGAGUUUGACCGACCCAGACAUGGAUUCGGAGACCAACAGAAGAGUUCUGGCAAUGCAGAAAAAGUACAUUAGCUACGAGACACUGAAGAGAGACAUGGUUCCCUGUGACAGAGCUGGAGCUUCUUACUACAAUUGUCAUGCAAUACGAGCCAAUCCUUAUAACAGAGGCUGCGAGGUAAUUACUGCAUGUGCAAGAGGUCAAGACAUCAAGACUUGAUAGGUUAGAAUUAGAACUCACCAUGAAUGGGGGAAACUCUUCUCCCUUCUCUUUUCCCCCUUUCUUUCCCCCAUUAUCUUUCCUUUGUAGUUAAGAUCACCCCUUUAAAUGCUUUCUGUUUUACUUUUGAACCACCGUGUCUAUGAAAGUAUCGAUUUUUCUUUCCCAGAAGAUUCCACAUUUUCCAUGGGAUUAUCAUGCUUGUUUGUUACAGAUACGAUACAAAAUUGUGGCUACUAUUUUAAUUUGGUGAUAUCAUUUUGUUGGAAGCA